CGCCCACCGGGGCCAGCCCCGGGCCGGCCGCCGCCUGUCGCCGCUUGUCGCCGCCUGUCGCCACGCCGCAGAGCCGCCUGCCAUGGAGCCCUAGGGGCGUGCGGCGGCAGGGGCGGCCGCGCUUCCCCGGGGACGAGCACAGCGCUGCCGCAGGGGCAGCGCCGAGAUGGCGGACAGCGCCGCGGCCACCGCCGCCGCCCCCGCCGCUAAGGGCGGCAGCUCGGCGGGGCACUGGUGGAAGUCGCUGACCGGCGGCAAGAAGAAGCACAAGGAAGCGGCGGCCGCCCCCUCCCCGCAGCCUCCCUCCGCCGCCCCCGGCCCUCGGGAGGGAGCGACGCCCCCCUUCGGCAGCGGGGAGCCCCCGGGGCCUGCGGCUGGGGCUGGGGCCGGGGCUGGCGGCGGAGCCCGGCGGAGCCUCCGCGUCUCGCACUCGGGGCGCUUCAAGGAGACGCGCAAGGCUCGCACCUCGCUGCUGGCCGACAGCCCCCAGGUCUUCAACGGCGGCGAGCCCGGCCAAGCCGCCCCCGGGGGCCAGUAGCCACGGCGGGGGGCUCGCCACGCCGCUUCGCCCCGCUCCUCGCCCCCCUCUCGGGGGCUCCUCGGCGCCCAGCGGAGGCUUUUGGGGGGCCCCCGGACAGCGAGAGGCGCCGCACGACCGCCGCGAGGAGCAAGCCCCUGAAUCGAGGGACGAUGUGAUUGUCUGCAUGGUGAUAACGAUGAACGCCCCGCUGCGGGUACUGUGGUGGGCAGGCUCAAAAGGUGCUAUCCUGGGGUCUCUGUGCCUUCCCCGGGCCCCUCCGUGAGCCAACGCUUCCCUGCUCACGCCUGCGGGCCAGCUUCUCCCCGCUCUCCGUCCGAGAGACUCUUCACACGCUGCCUUUCGAAGGAAGGACUUCGUUUCGGGGCCGAGAACCUUCCAGCGGUGCCACAGCUCUGUAGCAGUCGUGCUUCUGCCCUGCUGGAAGCGGGCACGCCAGCGAAGGAGCCCUCCUUGUGCUGUGGGAGUCAUCAGAGAGGCGCCGGGAGCCACAGGUGCCUGGGUUCUCCCAUGCCACACAUCGCAUUUUAAUAUGCAAAAGGCAGGAUUCUACUGUGUUUUCCUCUCUUAAUGAUAAGCAGGUGUUUCAGAGGUUAAUCUCCCGUAGUUCUGUUACAGAGAGAGGCUGGUUAUUGUCUAACAAUUCCCGCUGUGUACCCAGGGAAUGCACGGUUUUUGUAUAAUUGGUGAUAACUGGCGUAGUGAAACAACGAUGAAGAAAACGGGUGAUAAGAUGCAAAUACUCUCCUGGGAGACAAGACCAGCUCUGGAGAGAGAGCACGGGCAGGGUUGUGCUCCAAACGUGGAAACAGGCUUUGGCACCGCUGGAAGUGUUCUUUAAUGUUUACUAUGAUCAAGGCUCCUGAAGCAAGGUUAAAGAUUCCCAAGAUUAUUUUUUUUGCUAGCAAGAUCACAAACUUUAACUUGGGCAGCUAGCUGCCCCUUCCUGCAGCUCCUGGGGUUUUGGACACAGUAAACUAUCAGCCAGAUUUGCACUGGUGUUGUGCCUUACAGAGCAAACUCAGCUAAAAAUACUGAGCAAUUACACAUUUCUUGACAGUAGAAGAUGUAGCUACAACUGCCUUAUUUAUUUUUAAAUGAAUUUGCAAUAUACUUGAUAUUGUUGAAAUGGUUUUAGCCUUUUUUGAAUGUGAUACAAGAUAUUACAUAAUGGCAGGGACUGAAAAUCAUUUCCUAGCUAUCAAGUAUGAUGUGGUUAUGAUUUUGUUUGGCUGUAAUUAAUUAUUUAAGGUCAGUUCAUAAUAAAAAGUGACCCGAACGGAAAAAAAGAGAUGAAUUCUGACCAAAAAUAUGGGUUAAAAUAGUCACUGACAGUCAACGAGAUGAUGUAGCAGAUAGAGGGCGAGUGUCCUGUGGUUCGCGGUGUAUAAUAGUAUAUAAUGAAAGCUCCUGUGCAAUAAACUGAGAUAACCUAGCUGCCUUAGUUAACAAUCCUUCACUCAGCUACUUCUUCAGACACCUAAAUCCAAGGACGAAGGGAUUGUAUCAUCAUAAAUGUAUUUCUGUAAAAGCUUCUUUUUUUUUUUUUCCACCCAAUGUGCAGACCUGCGCUUUUCCCUUUCAUUUAGUCAAGCUACAAAGCACUGAUUGGUUUUGGACUGCCUUUUGUGUUCCUGACUACGUGCUGACAAAGCGGAGAGCAAUGAGUGGGGGAGCUCUUGAAGACCACUGCUGUUUCUCCUCAGAGACGGUUUUCUUACCUGGAACCUCUUCAGUAAAGGGGCACCUGAAAGCCUUCUGUGAAGAAGAAGCAAGUGGAACAAGCCCCAUCAUGUAUGAAGAGAUGUGAGAGAGAAGAAGGAAAGUUUAAAAGCUGGGAACUGAGAGACUGACAAUAAAAAAAACUUACUUCAGGAUCAGUUAGCCCAGGGGGGUUAACAGAUCAGUGUUUUGUAAAAUUCAUGCAGAUGUUUUCCAGAGUUUUUAAUCCCUACGCUGCUGUGAAAAUAUAGUAUAUCCAUUCCUCUGUAACUCUAAGCUACCUGUUUUUACAGUGAACUCUGUUUGUCUCUUGGAAAAAGGUUCCCAGGUUCACUGGUUGAAAGUCUUUAUCUAGGCACAAGCUAUCUACAAAUUAUGGUAUUAUUUGAGGAGAACUCUGGUAUGAUGUUCAAUGGUUGCUGUUAAGAUUCUAUAUCAAUGCAGGUUAAUAUGUGACUAAAUAUUAGUCAUAUCUUAAAUCCUAAUGAUUGGUACUUAAAGCUUGGAAAUUUGGUCAGAAUAUGAAGUCAAUAAAUACAGAUAAAAUGAUUUGGUAGCAGGCAUCCUCCAUCUUUAUCAUGACCUUGAGCUGUGGGAAGGAGAAGUAACUCUAUCUUCCUGCUCAGUCAAAUCCUUGCUUCAAUGAAUUUGAUAGCAGCUACUGAAAAACUAGAUCCAUGAGAAAACUGGCUGACUGCCUUGUCUCACUUUUCCACGCCCUCUGUGCAAUGGCCAUGCAGCAACAUCUUUGGGUCAGUGCUGACCCGUGUUUGCCAGCUAGGCAUGAGAAGCCCCGUUGGCCACGACCAACUUGUUUGGCAGAAAUAGUCCUUUUGUUUCUCAGCUGGAGCCUCAGGUGAAACUUUAAGCAAUGUAUACACAUGUAAAUGAAUUAAGCCGGUGCAGAAAAAUAGUCCAUUUUGUGGAGCAUCUGAAUUAUUUUUUUAAUCCUUGAAGUAAAGAAAGGUCGAGCUUUCUUUUUUAUUGGAGAAUACUUGUUCAGUUAUAACAAUAGUGCAGUUCUAUGCACUGAAUUAUUAAAAGGCUGUUGGCGUUCUUCAUACAGUUAUUUUCUUCAUCUGGCAUCCUUAAUAUAGGUAUUUUCCUCAUCUUCUUUAUAAAGAUAAUGCAUCAGAAAGUAGGUUUAGGAAAUGGGGCAACUGAGAAAGUAGCUGCUGUUUGUUUCUAAAACCAAAGAGUAGCAUAUUUACAAAAUAAAGACAAAUAAGCAGAUGAGGUUCAACCUAUGUCAGUUGUAGUGCAAUUUUCUUAAUAUUAUUCCAAAUAUUGCUAAGGGUUGCAGUUUUGGGGCAAAACUAAAUAUUUCAUAAUGCGAGUGAACUUUUCAAAUAAACUUGCAAAGUAUAUACCUACUUAUUCUUGCUCUUGCCAAAACUAAAAAUAAAGCUUUGACUAGCUGUCUGGUGAAUCA